AUGGAACAUCAAAAUGACAGGCCACACCCAUUUUCCCAUCCCAUAAGAAAAGCAUCAUCAUCAUCUUUAUUGUCCAGUGAAUCGAACAAAAUGUAUCUACUGCGAUUCCAAAAGAAAGACCAUCGUUUAAGCUCAUCCACCAGUGGCAGUGAUCAAAUGGAUAUUGAAAGGGACAAUCGUGUUGGAGGUGGUGCUGACACCUCCAACGAUAGGCUUGAUCUGAAUAGUGCCAAACUGAUACGUUCUGACAAAAGCAACCAAUGGGCAACUACUAAUACCACCACACCCACCAAGACAACAUCGUCAUCGUCCAGAAGAUUAUUCUUACAGCAAAAAACGUCAAAUUCAUCAUUUUCCAAUUCUUCAUCAUCUGGUUCUCCACCAAUGUUUAAUCGAACACCGCUUAAGAGCUUGACUAAUUUCCCUUUGAAUGUAAAGGAAAAGACCAAAGCCUUCACUAAAUCAAUGACUGAAGUAGUAUCCAAAUCAUCUCAUAGCUUUUUCGCUAAUUUACACAUGACUCCAAAAGUAACUGAAUGUACGUCAACUUACGAUGAUGUGGAUGACGACGAGGACGAAGAUAUUCCUACCGAUUGUGAUUCUGGUAAUUACAAUGACGAAAUCGAGGAAGGAGAAGAAGCGGAGGAUGAGGACUCUGAGGAUGAGGACUCUGAGGACGAGGGUGAAACAACCUUUGACACCAUCAAUAUUGGGUCUCCAGUAAUGCAUAGGAAAACCAAUAGCAUACAAAUGAACCAACAGCAAGAAAGCCAUGACCAUGAUACAUUGUUACGUCUGCCUACACGUGCCAUGUCAAGACCGCCAAUUACAAAUAGACCCAAAACUAUAAGACGUAUUCAUUCCGUGUGUGAAACGCAACGAGAGAUUGACAACUUCCAAAUACAUGAAGAUAACUCCCAGCUAAAGCACACCAAUAUACAAACAUUUACACUGGGAAACGAUGUGUUGCCCCGAAUUAAUGAAGAUCAAUUAUACAAGAUUCUUUGUGGGGAACAUAAACAUGAAUUUGACGAGUUUAUCAUUGUCGAUUGUCGAUUUGACUAUGAAUAUCAUGGAGGUCAUAUAAUUAACGCAAUGAAUAUAUCAACUAAGGAAGCAUUGGAAAAUGUCUUUAUUAAACAGAGCCAUCAAAAGGGGUCUUCACCAACAAGCAAAAAGAAGUUGCUUAUUUUCCAUUGCGAGUUUAGUAUAUUCAGAGGUCCGACUAUGGCCAAACACCUUCGUAAAUGUGAUCGAAUGUUGAAUCAAAAUUCAUACCCAUUUUUGUCAUGGCCCGAUGUUGUUAUACUAGAAGGUGGAUAUAAGAACUUCUUCACCAAGUAUAAAGCGUUUUGUUAUCCACAAAAUUAUGUUGAAAUGAAGGACAUCAAACAUGAAGUGUCCUGUGAAGCUAAUUUAAGUCGAGUGAGAAAGGAUAGCAAAUUAUUAACACGAGCCAAGUCAUUUAAUCAAUUUGGUGGUGGUGGUGAAAACCUUACUAACUCCACAGCGUCAAGACCGUCAGCACUAACAUCAGCAAGUAUUAGUGAUUUUUGGAGUAUGUCGUCUCAUAGUCGAUCGUUAUCAUCGAAUUCGUUUACCACCUUGAACAGUGGUAAAGUGAUUAAACGUCAACGAUCAAACUCAAAAGUGAAAUCAAUCAGUACCAAUUUGAAUACAAAGUUGACUAGAGCUAACACUUUUACUUUUGACCAACCAAUUUUCAAUAGUCAUAAUCACAACCAAUCUUCAUCAUCAUCAAUAGCAUCGUCCUCAUCACCUUCAAGUUCUCCCUUGUUUAAUAAUUUUGAUUUUAGUGAAGAAGUUGAUAAAGAGAACCCCCUGCAUUUGCAACAGCACAGCCAACAGCUCCCACAGCAUCAACAUCAACAUCAACACCAAAACCAACACCAGCACCAAAACCAACACCAACACCAGCAUCAACAUCAAUUGCGCAGUUUCUUACCACCAUCAACGUCAUUCCGUAAUUCCCACCACCAACAACAUCACAAAGCUCAACUGUCACUGUCAUUACUGCUGUUACUGCUGUAUCGUCAUCGUCGUUCUUUUUCAUCAAAUUUAUCGAACUUUUCAAAUUUUUCCAAUUACUCAUCAUCGUCCAUAUCUAUCCAUUCAUCUGCUUCAUCAAUUGUUUCUGAGAAUAUUUCACUGUCUACUGAUUCCUUGAACGAUCCAUAUUUAGGUUCCGAGAUGUUUUCUCCACCACCAGGAGCAACAGAAGUAGCAGGGGCUGCUGCAUCGUCCAUGACACUGGAUUAUUUCGAUGGGAAGCGAUUAUCAUCUGCAUCAAUGUCCUCAUUACCUGCAGUUCCUCCUUCUAUGUUGCGACCAGCAUCACGGAAACCUAGCUCAUUGCAAACUUCAUUAGCUGCCUUGGCCCCAUCACCUGCCUCAACAUCAGUGGUACUGACAUCACAACAACAGGCAAGUUUACCUUCACCAUCUCGAUCACCUUUUCCUCAACCAAGUUCUUCAUUUCAAUUUCCUCCUCGUCAAAAGAAAUCAAUGUCAACAACGAGCGUUCCAACACUGGCUUCACCUACUGUUUCAUCUCCGUUAAACUCAAGAUUGUCACGAGCAAGAACAAGAACAAGAGCAAGAGAUGAGAGGGCUGGAUCAAUAAAUUCUACAACAAACACUAAUUUGCAACAGAGUCCCAAUUGGUUAUCGUCAACCGCUAGCUCACUUAAGUCCAACACGGUAUCAUCAUUCACACCAUUUUCAUCCCAGAUUGAUUACGAAGAGGCAGAAAAUGACGACCCAAUCAAUGACACCCCGGUUGAUUUCAAUGUCAGUGCGGAACAUGAACAGCAUCAACUCAUUACGUCACGGGCCACUCAACAUCAAUCGUAUCAAGGCACAAAAAGGCACCAUUAUCAUCAAUUGGCAUCAAGAUCGGGGUUGAGUACUUCGCCAGGAGAUCAUCACGCACGAACCAGUAGCAGUGGUAAUAACAGUAAUGAUACUAUUGUAUUAGGAUGUCUAGAUGGCAAUACGACUGGUGAUGGUGGUUACGUGUAUUCAGUUGAUGAUAUAAAUGAAGAUGAUGAAGAGGAUCUUUAA